AUGGCCUCCGAGAAGACGCAGAACCCCAUGAAGGAGUUGAAGAUCCAGAAGCUGGUUCUUAACAUCUCCGUUGGUGAGUCUGGUGACAGACUUACUCGUGCCGCCAAGGUGCUCGAGCAGCUGUCUGGUCAGACUCCUGUCUACAGCAAGGCCCGCUACACUGUCCGUACCUUCGGUAUCCGCCGUAACGAGAAGAUCUCUGUCCACGUCACUGUCCGAGGCCCCAAGGCCGAGGAGAUUCUCGAGCGUGGCCUCAAGGUCAAGGAGUACGAGCUCCGCAAGCGUAACUUCUCCGAGACGGGCAACUUUGGCUUCGGUAUCAGCGAGCACAUCGAUCUCGGCAUCAAGUACGACCCCUCCAUCGGUAUCUACGGCAUGGACUUCUACUGCUGCAUGACCCGCCCUGGUGAGCGCGUCACCCGCCGCCGCCGCAUGAAGUCGACCAUUGGCGCCAGCCACCGCAUCAAGCGUGACGAGACUGUCAAGUGGUUCAAGCAGCGCUUCGAUGGCAUUGUCCGGUAG